ACUCACCUUUCUAGUUCCAUCAUUCUCCUCAUGCUCCGUUCGUAAUUGAUGACCCCUUUUUCUUGUAUAUCUCCACUUUCCUCUUCUGGUUCGGUCAUUCACAUGUCACAGACUUUCUUCGAAGCUUCAAAGCCUUCUUUUCUUCUCAGUUCUGAUUCUGAUUUCAUGCUUCUAUAGCCUCAUUCGUGCUAUUGUAACCAAUGGGAGCUUGCUGCGACCUCGAAGUAGACGUCAACGGUGAAGCAACUUUCAUGGUGAACAAGAAUAUUCUUUCUUCCUUCUCCAGUUUAUGUAGCAACUUAUUUGGUAAUUUCAUGGGUAAAAAUGAAGUCCUUAAAGUUAUCUUCAAUGACUUUCCAGGAGGAGCACAUGGUUUUGAGCUCAUUGUACGGUUUUGCUACAGUGGCACAAAAAUGGUGAUUACACCUUCCAACAUAGUCCUGCUUUAUUGUGCUGCUCAUUUCAUGGAAAUGCACUGUGAUGGUCCUUCUGGAACAUCAAAUGUGAUAUCCCAAAUCGAAAAUUUCCUUGAAGAAGGGAUUCAUUUAUGGACUUGGUUUGAGCUCCUUGAAGCAUUAAGACAGUGCCAAGAGUACUCAAUUUCUUCAAAAAGUUACUUCACAAUUCUGGACAGAAUUGUAGAUCACCUUAUAGAGAGGCUUGUGAUUUUGCCAAGCACUUCAAGCCCAUAUACAUGUUCUUCUAAUAGAUCUAGUUCCCAGUUUUCAUGUGAAACUAGCAGUAACAACAGCUGGAGAAAUAACUGCUCUGGGCCUUCUUGGUGGUUCGAACAUCUUCUAUUCUUGAAGGUUGAUUUGAUUGACAAGAUAGUAAGGUCAAUGAUUUCUCAUGAUUUUGAUCAUGCUCUAGUCUCUAAGUUUUUGUUUCAUUACCACAAAUUAAGUUGUAUUGGUGCUGUAAAAUCAAAGUCAAAGAUGGAGAGUGCUGAGACAACUGAGGUUGUGAUCAAUCUGCUUUCAUUGCUUGAUAAGAGGUCCUUUUCUUUCAAAGACUUGUUCAGUCUCUAUCAUGUCGGUUUCAAAUUGAGAAUAAUUAGUUCAUGCUGCAAAAACAAGAUAUUAAGUCUUAUAGGUCCCUUUCUGGAUCAAGUAGCAAUUGAUUAUCUUCUUCUUCCACCUCCAAAAGAGAGGAAGCAUGCAUUUGAUGUCGAUUUUGUACUGAGGCUUGCACAAGUAUUUGUCAACGAAGGCGAUUUUGGGAUAUCUUUGGCUAGACUUAAGAGAGUGGCGAAAACAAUGGACUCAUUUCUGAUUGAAGUUUCUCCGGAUUGCCAUCUCCAACCAUCUGAAUUUGCAGAAUUAAUUACAGUUCUCCCAGAUGCUGCAAGAGAAUCUCAUGAUCUGUUAUACCUAGCCAUGGACAUUUAUCUGAAGUCAAUUAUCCUAGCGGCAACACUACCUCCCUCUCUUGAAAGAGGUCCUAAGUUCAAACCUGGUGUUGACAUGGUUCACGCAGGGCUAACUGAAAAGGAAAAGAUUAGUAUCUGCUGUGCACUGAAUCAUGAGAAGCUGUCAGCUCAACUUUUGAGGAAUCUUACAAGAAACUUGGUAUUUCCUGCACAAGCAAAACCCAGAAGUCAUGCUCAUACACAAAGCAGAAUAAAAAACUUGCUCCAAGAGAAUGAUCAUCUGAAAUACUUUCUUGACUCACUGUUUCGUAGAAGCUUUAAGAACACAGAUGCUAAAGAGGAUUCUGAAACAAGAACUGCAGACGAUGGCGAUGAGUUGAAGCCUGAGGGGGAUUUGCAUGUAAUGCAAAGCGUAAUGAAGUCUGGAUGUCAUAUCAUGAACAACUCAAGAUACUUACCAAAACUCUGUUCAAGAUGAUUGGUUUGGAAUGUGAUACUGAGAUUUAUUUCUUUUGUCCAGUGUGGUUUUCCUCAGAUUUGGAUCUCAUAAAGUGAUGCUUUAAGUUGUGAGAGAGAGAGAAUUGAUGAAGAGAUAGCUCUGUUUUUGUGGGACUUGCAUGAUUAGAAGUAGGAUCCACCAUUUCACUGUCCUCCUUCCUCACGUAAAAGUCACUUAAGGGAUCCAGCCUUGGUCUUCCUCAGUGAUCAAUUUUCUAGAAUUAUGGAAGUACUUUUUGGUGGCCAAUACAUGUAAAGUUAUGCAUUGUAUAGAUAUUAUUUAUCAAAGAUUUCAAACAUAGUUCUUACAA